UGUUGUUUACCUACACAUUUUAGAAUGAAAUGAUCAUAUUUCAAAAUAAAACCUAGAAGGUUCAUACUUCAUGUCGAUAUAUUCAUUAUUCAUACUCGUUCUGAUAUUAAUAUAACGUAACCUCAGAAAAUGACAUUUUUAGAGGAUACUUUAAUCGUUUUAAUAUCUCAAGCAAUAUUUUUUAUUGGCGGCUGGAUAUUCUUCGUGAAGCAGCUAUUCCGUGACUAUGAGGUGCACCAUACCUUGGUGCAGUUAAUAUUUUCAGUAACAUUUGCGCUGAGCUGCACAAUGUUUGAAUUAAUCAUAUUUGAAAUCAUUGGAUAUCUAGAUUCCAGUUCAAGAUACUUCCACUGGAACCUUGGUCUCUACUCUUUGUUGUUCAUGGUGAUCGCUCUGAUACCGUUCUAUAUUGCUUACUUCUGCAUAAGCAAUAUACAAUUCGUGUCGAGGUCGUAUGUAAGGCCCCUCACAGUAUUAGUGUGUCUGGUGUAUCUGUACUUCUUCUGGAAGAUUGGUGAUCCAUUCCCAAUACUGAGCCCGAAGCAGGGCAUUUUCUCGAUCGAGCAGGGCGUGUCCCGCAUCGGAGUGAUCGGCGUGACAGUGAUGGCACUGCUCUCGGGCUUCGGUGCUGUCAACUACCCCUACACCUCAAUGGCCAUCUUCAUCAGACCAGUAACUGAAGCAGAUGUUGUGUCAAUUGAAAAGAAGCUUCUGCAAACCAUGGAUAUGAUUCUAGUGAAGAAGAAAAGAAUAGCGCUAGCGGAGUUCAGCAGUGGGGGGAGGCAGUACAGCAUGAUGGACCAGACCAGUGUCAAGAGUGGGGGCUUCUGGAAUAAUAUUUGGUCCAGUGUGGGGAAUAUAACCAACACUUCUCACUCUACAGAGAACAUCCGUCAGCUGCGGCAGGAGAUCGGGGCCCUGGAGGAACUCGGUCGCCAGCUGUUCCUGGAGGUCCACGCGGCGCGUUCGGUGCGUGAGAAGAUCACGUGGUCUCGGACCUUCCAGGGGAGGUACUUCAACUGCCUCGGAUACUUCUUCUCGCUCUACUGCGUGUGGAAGAUAUUUAUUUCGACUAUCAACAUAGUGUUCGACCGCGUGGGCAAGAAGGACCCUGUGACCCGUGCGCUGGAGAUCAUCGUGCACUGGCUGGGCUGGGAAAUCGACGUGGCCUUCUGGUCGCAGCACGUGUCCUUCAUCCUAGUGGGCUGCAUUGUACUCACCAGCAUCCGGGGCCUGCUGCUCACCCUGACCAAGUUCUUCUACAAGAUCUCGUCGGCCAAGUCCUCCAACAUCAUCGUGCUGGUGCUGGCGCAGGUGAUGGGCAUGUACUUCUGUUCGUCCGUGCUGCUGAUGCGCAUGAACAUGCCGCCCGAGUACCGCGUCAUUAUCACGCAGGUGCUCGGCGACCUGCAGUUCAACUUCUACCACCGCUGGUUUGACGUCAUCUUCCUGGUCAGCGCGCUCACCAGCAUCUUCGCGUUGUACUUGGCGCACAAGCAGCCCGCUGUCAGCUGAUGGUGGACCACGCUUAUACGACAAACAUUAUAUAAGAAUAAGUGGCUAAGAAGUUGUACUUGUUUGGCGUAACAAAACGUGCCUUAUUUUUAAUAUGAACGGUGGCUAUUCGCUGUCUUGAUCUUUUAUAUUUUGUUAUAGCGGCGAUAAUAAUUAAUGUACACCCUGUCAGAUACAGCCCGCUGAUAACAGACAGCAAUAUUAUAGAAGUAGUAAUAUCUCGUUGGUUACCAUUUUUUGCAGUAUCAAAAAUCAAUGUUUUUGAAGAUAUUUAUAGUGAUUUGAUCUUUUUCUGAUUUGAUUGAUUAUUGUGUAUCUAGAAAAAUUAAUCUUGAAUAAAUGCACUUCACACCAAAAAAAAAUCGAAACACUUCUGAAGUUUGGUUUUGAAUGAGUUUAAUAUCUUCUAAACUAACUUCGCACAGGUAUUCAUAUCCAAUGCCUGCGGCGGCUCUGUUCUCCUACAUAAAACUCCACAUACAAAAGUAAUUUCUGUCUUUCCAUCGAUACAACUGCCUCUCCACACUGUACUUGACCAUAAUCCACUCUUUCUUCAGAGCAGCACUGAGCAACUUCUCUCUCUAUUCGAUAAACCUUCCUUUUUCCGUGAUGAUCAUGUAUGGUAACCUCCUGAUUGCUGUUGUCAGAAAAUAGAACUUUGCUGCAUUAAAAAUGUCAUCAAUAUAAGUGCUCAGUAUUUGAUCCAUUACCAUUAUUAUUGGUUUAUGAGGUUUUAGACCACGCUCCGCCAAAAUUCUUCUAAUAGUAGAAUCACUCACAGGUAACCUCCACCCUCACGGAGCCGGUGCUAACCAUUUCUAAGUGUUCUUCAACGUACCACAAAGCUGUGGAAUGAGCUUUCGUGUGCGGUGUUUCCGGGACGAUACGAUAUGUGUUCGACUCCUGUGAGAGUGCCCUGUCUGGUGUUGCAAGAGAACGUGGGCGGCGGUGAUAACUUAACACCAGGUGACCCGUACGCUUGCUUGACCGCCUAUUUCAUAAAAAAAAAUUAGAGAAACUCAUACAAUAUAUCAGUCUCUUGCUCAGACGUAUCUAGAUGUCUACUCGAUACUGGCCGAACAGGAUCAGGUAGAUAUUGAGACACGACAAUACUGACAGUGUCGAGAUUUACAGUAUUGACAGGAGAGAGGCUGAAUGAUGAUCCCCAGAAUCCAGCAACGCCACGACUUGGUCAGCGCGAUUAAAUGCAGAAAAAACAUUGAAACCAAAACAUUAAAUAUUGGAUGAAAAUUCGAAAUUUAAAAUUUAAUUUUGAAAUGGUACAUCAUUGUGUCAAACUAAACAGCGCAACUUUAUUUAAGAAUAAGUACUUGUUUCGAUAUUUUUUUGGUGAGAAGUAUCAGCCCACACUACUAAAUGGAGCUAGGUUCAUUGUGUCAAGUCGUUCUGCACGCGUGUCAAAUUAAGUAAAAAUAGGUACUUACAAAGUAUUUUACAUUCCCGUUAAAUUAGUAUGGAAAGCGUUAUAUUAUUAAUAUAAUGUGAAGAACAUAUAAUAUAUAUAAAGAUAAACGGAUAAAAAAACAUAAUACCCUAAAGUUAAGUACGUAAUUCACCUCACCAUUCCACCGGAUUAGAUAGUGGCUACUUUCUGGUAAAAUUGAAAAAAAAUCUUAUUAACAUUCAUUUAAUAUUUAAAGGUAUCCAUACCUCAGUUCCAAAGUGUAAGAAAUCUGAAAUACAGCAACUUUUUUUCCAAUAAACUUUAUUCAAUUAGGCUUAAACUAAGCGCAUUUUGAAGCACUAUAAAUAUUUCUUUUAAAUUACUGAAUUUACCAUAUUAUGUUCGGAAAAUGUUGAGCUCGUUAGAAGACAAAAGAAACUCUUUUCAAUCAAAUAGAGUAUUUUACAGUGGCUGUAAUAUACAUAAUAAAUUAGUUUGUAAGGUGCUGCAUCCAAUAUAUGAGUCGUGUUUAAAUAAUAUAAAUUAUUUCAUGAAAAGUAAUAUAGACUGUAUAAAUAUAAAUUGUCGUAUAUUGGAUGCGAUACCUUUACAGCUUGAAUUGAUUUUGUGUAAGCAUGCUUCGUGAACAUUAUGGUAGUGAUCACUUAAACUUAAUAAUUAGUAAUCGCAUCCAACAAAUGCAAUGAUUUAUUAUCUAUAACAGAUUUGAGAUAAGUAUGAGAAAUUGUUCCAUAAACCAUAACCCACCAUUACCACAGAGAAACAAUUAAGAGAUAAUAUAUCUUCAUAAGUCUACAAUAUUUUCGUUUCAUUCAGUAACACUAGAGUUAUUUUCUGUUGAAACCCUUUUCUGAUUGGCUCUUUCGAACCGAUUCAUUUUGGAAAUGAUUAUCAUAAAUAAGUAAAAAAUACCUAUAUCGAUAUCUGCACUCAAGUUUGCGUUAUUUGCUUAAAUCAUAAUACGUAAUUAUUUUUUUCAUUUCUUCGUAGGUGUGUUAGCAAUUACCAUACCUAUUGUAAACCCGGGACAAAGUGCGAUUUAAAGAGUAGGAAUUCUCUUCGUGCCUACAAAUACACCGUCAUAGAAGUACAUAAUACAAUAGUAAGUCAGUUGGCUAAAUAUUUGUUACGAAGCGGCAUUCAGUACAAUUCUUAAUACGUUAUUGAUUUAAAGCCACUCGUGUGUCAUUAAUAAAUUAUAUUUUGAAUUAGAAAACUCACCCUGACAAUAUGUAUGUGUAAAUAAAGGAUAAGAUAAGGUAUGUGAUAUGUUAAGUGCGCCUUGUUCAAUAUACGUUGUUGUUUUAUA